AUGAGCACCUUCCUUCCACCAAAUACCAUUCAACGAAUUUCGAGAGAAAUUAUGGACUUGCAAAAGAACAAGAUUGACGGCAUUGAAAUUCUUACGUAUGACCCGGUUCGAAAUGUUGACUUGCUGAGCGAUCUCAGCGAGAUAUACGCUUGUAUUGAUGGCCCACAAGGUACUCCUUUCGAAUCUGGCAAGUUUGUGGUCAAAUUGGUCUUGGACCAAGAAUUUCCAACAAAACCUCCAAAAGGAUAUUUUGUCACCAAAAUCUUCCAUCCAAACGUUUCUCCAAGAGAAGGUGAGAUUUGCGUGAAUACAUUGAAGCGAGACUGGAAGAGUACAUUGGGUUUUAAACAUGUUCUAAUGGUCAUUCGAUGUCUCAUGAUUGAACCAAAUCCAGAUAGCGCUUUGAAUGCUGAAGCUGGUCGUUUAAUUCAAGACAACUAUGAAGCGUAUGCCAAUAAGGCCAAAAUGUUCACUGACAUUUAUGCCAAGCAACAAGGUUUGUCAUCUCCUUCAGCCACCGAAAGCAACAACAUGGAUACUCAAUCUCUGAACAAGACCUCUUCAUUCACUCCAUCCACUCCUAGUGACGACUCUGACGUCAAGGAAAAUCUUUGUAACAACAACAACACUCCACAAUCACUUCCUGUUCCAAAGAAACCAUUGCUCCUCAAAAAACCAACUUCUUCCACCACUUCCUCAACCACCUCAAAACCUACAAGCCUAAAGAGACUUUAA